AUGCUCGGAAUUGAUUAUCCAGAUAGUGACGAGGAAGAGGUCGUACCGGCGACGAAGCCAGAGUUGACCAACAUUCCUGCGACAGUUGCGCCUGCCCCAGCCCCAGAACCGCCUUCUGCACCUCCUCCACCUCUCGAUCAGCCUUCUGCCUCGCAAGGACCAGUCAGCGGACCCUCGCAAGGACCGACUGCAACACCACCUCCCACUGACAAUGGCCUACCGGACGAUGUUGCUCCCGGCUCACCAUUUACAACAACCCGCGCCUUGAUCCAGAACCUCACCUUACCUACCGUACCAAACUUCGACAUACCGCCUUCGCCUCCCGGGUCGCCGCCCCAAAAAGCGACUAAGAAAUUUGCGCAAUUUCUUGAACUGAAGAAGAAGAACCAGCACUUCAACCACCGCUUGGAAAGCUCGUCUGUAUUGCGUGACCCUGGCCAUUCUCAGAAGCUGUUGGACUUUGCAGGAAUAACUGAGGAGGAAUCUUAUGCGUCCACGCUGUCAGACGACCUCGCCAUAUCGACAAGCUUUCCACCAUGGGCCUACUUUGAGGAACUCAAGGCUUCACAGAAGCAACUUGCGAAAGCGAAGGAGCAGGAAAAGUCAAAGGCACCAAGAAAAGCUCUUGAUUUUGUCUCUGCAACCAAGUCUGGGACCCCGAGUGAGGCGGAUGCCCCGGCUAUGUCCGUCUCCGGGAAGCGCAAGGAACUGGAACAUAGGGGAAGAGAUGAUGCGAGUUCCAGAAGCAUGUUGAAGAGCAGAUCGAGGUCACCAAAGAGGAGACGAUCAAAGUCCAGGGAGAUAGAAUAG